CGCUACAUCUAUGACUUUUCUCUCUCUAGGUUUCUUUGACUUUAUCCUCUCUCUGUCCAAAAACCAAACGCUUAAAUAAAGGCAAAAGGCCAUUCUUGCUUCUCUAGUCGCCAACUCCAUUUGCAUGCUCUCUCUUCCCUUUUCCUUUCUCUCCACAUUCUCCCCAUAUAUCUCUUCUCUAAAGAACAAUUUGAAACCAAAACGAAAGGUGAAGAAUCAGAGAUCAAAGAGGUUUUUCAUGGAUGUUGAAGCAAGACAUCUCAAUCUUUUUCCUCUUCAGCAACAGCAAAUCAUCUCAAAUAGGUAUAAUACCCAGAUGGGGGUUUCAGAGAAAAUUGCAGAGAAUUUGGUAAAUUCUAAUCUGGGGACUGGAUUUACAUAUAAUACCCAGAUCGGUACCGGUUUACCUCUUGCGGUGCCAAUGUCAGAAAACUUGUUGCCCAUUCAUCAAACUUUUGUUUGCGAUUCUGUUCAGCCGAAGACAUCGAUGAACACUGACAGUGGCCUUACCUUUAAUCUGCCGACAACUGAUGUCGCUCCGAGGAAACGUUCAAGAGAUUCACUCAAUCAUCAGUUCGCUACAUGUAGUACUGCUUUUGCUACCGGCCCUCAAAAACCAUCAUUUGUCGGUGAUGACGUUUUGCCGCUCGUUCAACAGUAUCAGUUGGAUAUCAACUCCAUUAUUUCUCAUCAUACCAAAAAGAUAAGAUUGGAACUAGAAGAACAACAGAAACAGCAAGCGAGAAUGCUGGUGUCAGCGAUUGGUGAAAGGGUGAUGAAAAAAAUGAAUGAAAAAGAUGAACAAAUACAGAGAAUGGGGAAGAUGAAUUUGGUUUUACAAGAAAGAGUGAAGAGUCUUCACGUUGAAAAUCAACUGUGGAGGGACUUAGCACAAACGAACGAAGCCACAGCCAAUUCGUUACGUAACAACUUGGAACAAGUCCUGGCACACGUUAGCGACGAGCGCCUCUCCGCUGGAACAGGGGUCGCCGCCGCCGCAGGUGUGGUGGAGGAAGACGUCGAGUCGUGCUGCGGUAGCAGCGACCACGGGGAGGAAAAAGAGGAGGAGGAGGAGGAAGUGCGCACGUUAGCGGGGGAGGCGCAGGGUAAGGGGGAGGGUAAAAGUAAAAGUAACAGAAUGUGCAGGAGGUGUGGAGAGAUGGAAUCCUGUGUGUUGCUGUUACCGUGCAGGCAUCUGUGCCUCUGCACAGUUUGUGGAUCCAGUUUACAGCAAACUUGCCCUGUGUGUAAUUCUAAUAUGAAUGCCACCGUGCAUGUUAACAUGUCGUCUUGAUCUAUGCACACAAGAAAAUUUUCAACAAUGAAGAAAAAAAGAUAGAGAAAAAUAGAGUUGCAGAUUUUGUUGAUCUUACAAGUGUCAGGCUUACUGUAAAUUCCCUUUGGAUACUAGUAAACGAAUUGUUCAUUCUUUGAUCUCCA